AUGUGUGUGUGUGUGUGUGUGUGUGUGUGUGUGUGUGUGUGUGUGUGUGUGUGUGUGUGUGUGUGUGUGUGUGUGUGUGUGUGUGUGUGUGUGUGUGUGUGUGUGUGUGUGUGUGUGUGUGUGUGUGUGUGUGUGUGUGUGUGUGUGUGUGUGUGUCUGAGCGAGCUGGUGUGGGCCCAAGCCAGUCUCAGUUCGCGCCCCAGCUCGUCCGACUCUUUGAUGCACUUGAGCACGGCCAAUGGGCAUCUUGAAAAGGCACAGGCCAUCUUGGAGGCCAACAGUGAUCGCUUUCUUUUCCACGCCCUCAAGUGUCAGCUUCAGUAUCGCCUGGGCGAUGCCGGCCAGCUGCACAACGACUUUUUGAAAUGUAUCGACACUGCCGACCCUGUGUGUCAGUCAGGAUCUCUGUUCGAGCGCCUGGUCUUGCUUCAAACUUGCGCCAUGCACAUGGCUCUAUGCGCCGAACACCAGCAUCAACAGAUGGGCUUUUUCACAAAGGCCGUCCAGGCACUGUCUCAGCGACGCAUGACGCCAAUCGAAGCCGACUAUACCGUUUUCGCUGAAUCACUAUGCAAGGACGUGGCCCACGCCAUAGCCAUGGUCGUGGCCUCACACGAUCGUGAUCCUGCGGCCGAGCGCCUGGUCCAGAUCAUGUGCAGCCACGCCGUGCCUGCCAUCAUUCGUGGCCGCCUCACACCGCUCGUUCAUUUCUACUCGGUGGAAAUUCAACGACGCGUCACGGACGGCGAUCAACUGAGAGCGCUCUGGGAAGGUCUGGCGGCUUCAACUGAAGAGAAGGAUCUUGCAGCUCUAGUUGACGUGUUUAGCCAACGUCUUGAUCUUGAGGUCUUGACCGAGUACGCCAAGUACGCAUGCCCUUCCCGAACAACGCCAAACUCACCGCUGUGGGAUCUGGGUCCUUUGUGUCUUUGUGCCCGGCUCUACCGCACUAGCACCUCCCUGCGUCGUCGGCGCAUCCUGCAAAUGCUGGUCAACGAGGCCUUUGCAGAUGACCUCGAGCGCUGGACAACUGCCGCUUGCCUUCUGCUUCAGACCUCGAUUGCCCUCGAUACAGACGUCAACGACAUUGAAGAACUGGCAAAGCGCGUGGAAGAUCAAACCAGCAAUGAUUCUCGUUUCGUUCAUGUGGCGCUGGCGCAAACAUACCUUGCUCUUUAUAAGCGUGGCUUCCGUGCUGCUACCAAACUCGCGCAUCUGCAAAAGGCACAGGACAUGGUCGUGCGGCUCGAAGCUAUGACCACUGACCUGACUAGCGUUGAGGCCGAGCUGGCCGUGCAAACUUGGGGCUUGGCGCAGCAGCUAGAGCAUGCCGCCUUGAUCAGUGCCACGCAUGAUGAAGCGAUGGCUGUGUUGCUGGAAUUGCUACCGCGCCGGGACUUGGAUCCUCGAGUGCUGCUUACACUGUGCGAUCUCGUGACAUAUCGAGAGGGCCCUCAAGAGACUCUGAUGCUCAUCAACUCGUUGCUCUUUGAACAAGACAACCUGGAUGCAGAAUCUCUGCCUGCGGGUCUGGACAACCUGUCGGAAGAGCAAAGCGUAAUGUCACACGAUAAGUCGUCCCUCUUCUCCGAGUGGGCGGGCACGAGCUUGCUGCCCGACUCCUCGCUUGUUUCACACCUUCAAGCGACUGCCCGCGUCAAGUCGUUUGCGGCCGACCUCUGGCUAGUAACCUUGAAGUGUUUCGUGGCGCUGGAUGAUUCGACCAACGCCGAGAGUAGCCUUCGUGAAGCCGUCCGCGCCGGCGCACAUCCUGUCGAGUCUCACUAUUGCGAGGCACUGCUUGAGCGAUACCGUGGCAACGUGGAUAGCGCAAUCGAGGCAGCUGAGCAUUGCCUGGCUCUGGAUCCGCUGCACAUCAACAGCAUGCUGUUACUGGGCGAACUCUUUCUUGCGCGGGACGAGGUGGACAUGGGCAUCAAUCGCUUGUCUACCGUCCUCCAACUUCACCCGACCCACUUGAAGGCACGCGUGCUGCUUGCCGACGCGCUGGACAAGACUGGUGACACGCUUCAAUCGGCCCAACUGCUACUUGAGGCAUUGGAGCUGGAACGCGGUGCUCCCCUUGUUUCGUUCAAUGAGAUCAUGAGCCUACCUCUGGCGUGA